GGAGGAGGAAGCGGUGGCCGGAGUCGCCCUGCCCCCCCCCUCGGCAGUCAGCUGACGGGCGGGCGGGCGAGGAUGCUGUGCGGCGCGGUGAGCAGCGAGCCCAAGGCGGCCACGGCCGAGACGCAGCAGCUGGUGCAAGCGGUGAAGGCAGAGGUAGAAGAGAAAGAAGGGAAGAGCUUUGACGUCUUCAGUGCAGUAGAGUUUAAAACACAGAUGGUUGCUGGAAUAAACUACUUCAUAAAGGUCCAAACUGGCAAUGAUGAAUACAUUCACCUACGAAUUCACAAAAGCCUUCCUCAUGAAAACAAACCACCGAAGCUCACCAGUUACCAAAGCAACAAGGGAAAGCUUGAGGAGCUAUCUUACUUCUAGAAUUGCUUUUCCAUUUUCCUUACCGCUGUAUUUUACUUCUACAAUGCCUUAGCUAUGUACUGAUCAUACUGAUUCCUGUGACCUACGGUCAUGAUUAUUUUCCUCCGACCUACAUAAAAAGACCCCCUGAAUAACUGA